AGGCACUGCCAUGGCAGUGGAGGUCUGCUUGAGAAUUCAGUCAUACAACACUCCACCCUCAGACAAGCAGUGGAGUCCCCUACCCCCUCAUGGAGUCAGUCAGGACACCCCAGUCGAAGUACACGUUGGUGGGGGAGGCGAUACGUCACGUCAUCCCUGGAGCCACACAAUGCUCCAUAGGGUGUGGAGGUCAGAACUGCAAGUAUGAGAACCCUGACCGCUGGAGCAAGGACAAGCAAGCCAUCAAAGGCCUUUACUCCUCCUGGGUCACGGAAAGCCUUCUUGCCAUGGCCAGACCAUCUACUGUAUUAAUAGAAAAGUACAACAUUAUUGACCAAUUUAAAAGAUGUGGCCUGAAGACAGUGAUAAACCUGCAGAGACCUGGGGAACACGCCAGCUGUGGUCCCAAUGCACUGGAAUCAGAGAGUGGAUUCUCCUACCAACCUGAGGUCUUCAUGGAGAACAACAUAUAUUUCUACAACUUUGGUUGGAAUGACUAUGGGGUGGCCUCCCUCGCAUCCAUCCUGGACAUGGUGAAGGUCAUGUCCUUUGCGAUGCAGGAGGGGAAGAUGGCUGUCCACUGUCAUGCUGGUCUGGGAAGAACAGGUGUGUUGUUAGCGUGUUACCUGGUCUUCGCCACCAGGAUGACCGCUGACCAGGCCAUCGUGUUUGUACGUUCCAAACGACCCAACUCCAUCCAGACCAGAGGUCAGCUGUAUUGCGUGCGGGAGUUUGCCCAGUUCCUGGUCCCUGUCAGGAGUAUUUUCCACUGCGCUGAGCCCAGGACUAACCCCAUCACCCUGUCCCAGUUCCUGACCCGCCAGAGACACAUGCUGCAUGGCUAUGAGCGCCGGGAGCUCAGGCACCUGCCCAAGAUCAUCCAGGUGAUCUGCAAGCUGCUGCUGGACAUCGCUGAGAACCGGCAGGUCAUCGAGGAGGACAUGCUGGACAUCCAUGACAUGACGGCCGAGGAGGAGAUGGAGUUUGAGCGCUAUCGCGACUUUGGAUUCACCAAGGGAAGCUUCGGGGGAGGCGGCCUCGGAGGGCAGCCCCGCUUACCGGGACCCCCAACCAAACCCCGGCAUGCCAACGAACCGCCCCUGUUCUACCACCGCAAGAGCCUGAGCUACAGCGAGUCGGACCUGCGAAGGCUGGGCUCUGAGCUGAACCUGCCGACCCUACCUCUCUCCAACUCGCUGUCCGCUUGCAACAUGUCUGUGGCCUGUUCUCCCUCCCUGAACUCCCUGCCUAGGACCCCGGCCACAGGCAGCCCCAUGGGGCCCAGGCAAAUAACCACCACCUACGGCACCCAAGAUGGAUCCCUCUGGGAGCAGAAGAGCCUCGCGGAGGGAUCACCGCUCCUAAAGAAGACACAGAAAGCCUGCCAGCGCAGCGAGUCUGAGUGCAACCCCGAGAAGAAAGGGUAUAGCAGCAUGUUGUUUAGGUGGAAGGAGGAGCAGAGGGACAAGUUAGCGAACAAUGGUGAUGUGUCUCAGAUAGAGGAGUCAGAGGUGCCCUUCAUCACCAUCCAGACAGAGUUGUCCAAGGAGGCCAGGCGGCUGCUGGUGGCCCAGGCCCUGGCUGUGGAUCUGGAGCAGGAUGGAGAGGAGGAGCACAGGGAGAGACUACAAUCUUGGCAGUCAGAGUUGAACAUGGGAGGGGCAUGGGAGAGGCUGUGUACAUUGGAGAAGGACCCGUUUGUGCUCUCUGGGCUGAUGUGGACCUGGCUGGAGCAGCUGAAGGAGCCAGUCAUCUCCAUCAAGGAUAUACAGAAUCUGGACCGUAACAACAGUGAUCCUGCAAACCCAGAGGCUGUCUUCAAACCACUGGACCAGGCUCCCAGGGAGAUGUUAGUGUGCAUUCUGGACUGUAUGGCUCAUGUUCUCACAAUUCCAGAGGAGGUGGAGGCUGCUUUCCUGGAGCGCACCAUCAAGGCUUUCACAAAGAUGGGAAAAGACUCAGCGGUGUAUCCGGACAUGACAGAGAUCCUUAGGCUGGUCCUACACGACAUGAGGUUUAUAGCCAUAGCGGAGGAUGAGGUACCAGAUAUGGCGCCCAUUCCUACUGUACUGAUCCCAUAAACCUUCUGUAUUCUGUUCCAGACCAUCCCUUGCUAUACUAAAACAUAUUUUGUGCCUUCCUGCGCAGUUUGGAUAGUAUUUCACAUACAAUAUUUUGUCAUUAAGUAUUAUAAGAAAGUGUAUUGUAUAUGAAAUAUGAAAUAUCACUUUCCAAUGUUUACCUCUGUAUUGUACAGUUAAAAUGCAGA